AUGGCACAAACAGGUAUAAAAGCGAUUUUGAUUGAUCAAAAGCCACAAAGAACCCAGUAUGGACAUGCAGAUGGUGUUGAGAGCCGAACCUUUGAGAUACUCGAUAGCUUUGGGUUGAGUGAUAACAUAUGGAAGAAUGCAAAUCGCACAAUCGACCUGUCUAUCUGGAAUGACUGCGAACCAGGCGGUAUUCGGCGUCGAUCCUUGAUGAACAACUGUAAUCCAGAUCUCUCUAGAUUCCAAGAAGCGACUUUGGGCCAAGGUCAGAUUGAGCAAAACUUUCUUGAUUUCCUUGAAGCCUCCAAUUCUGUUGAAGUUAAAUGGAAUACAAAUCCAUUGAACUUGACUGUCUCUGAGGGAUCAAAUUAUCCUGUUCGGGUUAAUGCUCAAAAACGCGAAUCUGACACCCAGACAACACACUGUACCAUCAAUGCCAAAUAUCUUCUUGGGUGUGAUGGCGCACACAGCUGGGUGCGAGCUGCCCUUGGUCUUCAGCUUGAUGGGGCCCAGAUGGAUGAAAAAUGGGGAGUCAUUGACUCUAUUCCACUCACAGACUUUCCCGACAUUCGCAAGCGGUGCAUUGUGAAAUCCGAGGCUGGUCAUCUGAUGAUCAUUCCCCGAGAGAGAAGGCUAGUUCGAUUUUAUGUUCAGUUGACGCAUGAAGACGCUGCAGCGCUCAAAAAGGGUAUGGAUUCAACAAGGCUGGUAGAUAUUGUGAGAAGGAUUAUGAGGCCUUACAAGUUUGAAGUGUCAAGUGUUGAAUGGUCAACAAUAUACUCGGUGUGUUUUUUCCUCAUAUGA